AAUUCCUCAUGUAUUUCUUGGUUUUUAAUUUCUUAUGUAUUUGUUUGAUAUUAUAUUUUUUUUGUUUUUCUUUUUAUGGAAAAAAUAUUGAACAUUAUUCAACAACUUUUAGCCCCAAAUCAAAUGAUUGCAGUGAUGAAAAAGAAAAAUAAUGAGGGUUUUGACUAUUCUUUGAAAAAAAAAACAAUUCCCACAGGAUUUGUACACAAAUUUAUAUAGGCUAAUUAAUCUUUACAUGCAAUAUGGACAUUGAACAGUAAAAUCAUGCGAUGUAAUAUGUACGCGAUUGUUUGACAAUCGUGAUCACCUGAAGGACGCAUGCGCGUAUCUCGAAAAAUCACGUGACGCGCGUGCACCUUUUUUAUUGGAUCGUAGAAAGGCGCGCGCGAUCGUCUAUUUUUCAUUCAAGAUCUCAGCUUCACUAUGCCGCCGCCACCAGCUUCAGACGAGUUCUUCUGUCUUUUUGAAUUUGAAAGCGAUGACAGCGUCGAAAUUGGACCAUUUUCUUGGAUAUUAGACACGGACAAGGAUGUGGAUCCUGAAAGCUAUGUCGAUCAAGCUGUUGAAGUUAUGUGGGUCAGUGGCAGCAAAACGGAGAAGUAUCGAGCAACAGUGUUGGCUGUAAAUAGAUCCAAGGAUAAUCUCAUCAGAAAAAGGAACAAGAUGUGUGACGGGCAAUCAAUGGAGACUGAUAAGGAAACUGGGAGAGGGAAGAGAAAGAAGAAACCAACACGCACAUACAUGUAUUCAUCUUCGGAGUUGGAGACGGAUGAUGAGGGGCCUCAACCAAAAGAAACAAAGAAAUCAAAAUCAAAAAUUUCACAGUGCAAUGAGAUGGCCAGGGAUCUCAGGAAGCAAAUGUUUGGUGCCAAUGAAACGAAAAAAUCAAAUGGACGUACGGCAACGGGAAGUGGAACAAGUGGUGAGAUAAUUGACCUGAAAAAGCAGUUGGAGAAAUCAAGGAGAGAGACUGAGGAUCUGCAGGUGAAGCUGACUAAGGAGAAGGCAGUUAGGGAAAAGAUACAGCAACAGCUGUUGUUUUUGCAAGGAGUGCCUAAAUUCAUCGAAACCUUUAAAGGGUUCAUAGUGGAUAUGGAGGAGAUGUCGAGACUCAAGGCUGAUCAUGAAGAGAUGCACUGUCCAUCAGGAGGGUCAUCUACAUCAUCCUCGCCCGCUCGUUCCUCGCCCGCUCGUUCCUCCACCCAGUCCUCCACCCAAUCCUCGCCAUCAUCAGCACGACCACAGGUCAUGUCAAGUCAAAGUUCCCAGGAGUGUCAUCAUCGGAAAUCCGCAUCGUUAUGCGGAACAAAGUUGGCAACGAAAUUAAGUUGGCCAAACGUAGAUCUCAACCGAAAGAGAACCAAGCCAAAGAAAACCAAGCCAAAGAAUUAAACCAAGAACCACAAGAUGAGACCGAAUGAAGCACUUUGUCAAGAUGACUAAUUAAUUAAUAAUGAGCUAAGUCUUGUUACUUACUAAUUAUCCCCUGUUCACUGACCAGAGGAGGCAAAUUUGCGCGACCUGCCACAUUCUUCGCACCAUUCAGUGACGAGGUCAGUAACAUGGGCCUGCCGAACACUGCCAGCAUCAGAGGACUUAACAAGCACAUGCAUAUUCUGUUCCAAAUAUAAUUUAGUAUGAUCAUCAUGAUGCGACCUAUCCGAGUAUGCCAUGUUUGGUACGUUUCUGGCACUUCUGAAUCGCCCGUCGCUCCUGUGUAUUUUUUUGGUUGAUUGGAAUAUGUUUUAGACCACAGGCAUUGCUAUAAUGCUUGCUACAGACCAACAUUAAAAAAAAUAAUAAUAAUGUU